GGAGAGCGUGCAGCAAACAUGGCCCCGGGAGGCAAAAUUAAUCGUCCGCGCACGGAGUUACAGAGGAAGCUUUUCAAGAGGCGAUGGGUUGCCAGAAAAGCGAAGAGGAAGAAGGCUAUAGUUGGCGCUGUGAUUGACGAGGGUCUGAUCACCAUCCAUCACCUGAAGAAGCGAUGUUCCAAUAAAAGGGCGAAUAUCACACUCUCUGGGAAGAAGAGGAGGAAGCUGCAGAAACAGAUUCAGCACAGUCAGAGGGAGCGCUCCGCUAUGGAUGUUGAACCCAUUCUUCAAAGGACCAGGCAGGCGGUGGCCAUGAGGGUGAGGGACGGAGGGGCAGAGCAGAAAACGGAGGUGCUGGAGGUAGACAUGAAGGACGAACAGUCGUGAAGUGGAGUGGUCGGUGUGAAAAGCACAGGGCAGAGCUGGAGGCCUCGGUGUGCUUGGCGUGUGGAACCAGACCGAUCUGCGUCUCUGGCCAAACCGCUACCAUGAAGAGACGGUGGUUAAUAGCACCCAGUUCUAGUGCUGCUCCACCUGACGGCCCCUGUACGGAGUGACACAACGGCAGUGCGGUCUGAAGUAAUACUGAUCACGUUUCAUACAGGCAAUAUGGUUCAAAGUGCAAAUACGAAAAUAAACAUGAAAUAAAAGAAAAAAACAUGUCACUUCAAAGCAAAGUUAAAUAGGUUUUGAGUCUGCA